CAAUUUUUUUGAUUUUUAUUUCUGGGGUUGAAUGAAUGGUCUGAUCCUGAGCUUAAUUUUUAACCAUUGAAGGUAGGUUUCAUUGCAUUCAAUAUUUUUCCUCCGAUAUGUGAUGUCAUUUCACUCGUUAGUCGUUAGUCAUUUGCAAUGCAAUAAGCUAGGCACAUAACGAAGCUGAAGCUGCAUUCUUGAUUCAGAUUAAGCAAGUUGGUUUCUAACCUGCUGAAAAUGGGAGGGGGCGGCCGGCCUUACGAGAUUCCUGACUGGAGGAAGUACAAGGUGGAAGACGCCCCAGAGCUGGUCAAUGUGCGAAAUGCCUUGGCUCAAAAGGGGUUGAAGGAUCCAUGGCUGAGGAACGAGGUGUGGAAGUACGACCAGAAGAUGUUCCUCAAGCCCAACGAGCGGAUGACGCGGUUCUUUUUCCGCGGCUUCAAGUACGCGGCGGCAGCGAUGGUGGUGACCAUUGCGGCCGACAAACUGGGUCUGCUCGGCUCCAGUGAUCACGGUCACGGUCACCACUGAGGGACGGGGAGGUACGGCCGCCGGGGAGGGAACGCAGCUGAGGGUCAGGACGGAUGGAAACUGGAAACUCAAGGACAGCAGGCUCUCGGUCAAAGGAGGUCUACAACCAUAACCGGAGGUCUAGAGGUGUGGAACAACCGGGAUGAAAGAGAUAGAUCUUCGUAGGGGGACUGCUUGGUUCAGAAUGUUGGUUCGGCUCCAGGCAAAUAACGAUCAUGUGUGUCUUCUCCUCUGAUAUUUCUCGACGCCCGGUUGAAGUAUGAUAAUGUAAAUCGCCUACUCCAGUGUGGACAGCCGCUGGCACAGUGUGGCUGAGACGCUGUGGACCGUCACUGAUGUACGUAGUCGUACAUUGACCAUGUGUAAAUAUAGCGAGAGACUGUGUGA